AUAAAUAAAGCAUAGAGACCUAGAGAUGAAUACUUCAGCUGUUUUUUACGACUUUAAUGACACGUUAGACUACUCACAUUAUUACUUCACCAACGAAAGCUCAAUAACUGAAGAAGAAUAUUUAGCUUAUCAAAAGAUGAUACAAGAGCGGAAGAAUUUUAAAUAUGUUUAUCAUGCCUUUGCUGCGUUUAUAGUUCUCAUGAAUGGAUCUCUAGUUGCUGCCAUUUUGCUAAGUGCAAAGCAACGACGUCAUUUCCGGAACUGGCUUAUAAUUCAUAUGACUGGAAUUCAUAUAUUGUUCGGAGGAAUAGCUUUGCCAUUUCUAGCACAGUCUUUUGACGCGACAAGCGCCGGAAUAAGAAGUGUUCCCCUCUGUAAACUAUUCUCGUUCGUAUCGGAUAUCACGGAAUAUAUGUCUAACAUUUCAAUAGGAAUUCUUGGAGUAUAUCAGUGUUUAAAUAUUAUAUCACCAAGACUGCUGAAAAGUGUUUCUAACGCCCUCCUUUUGUCAAUAAUGAUAAUACUCCCGUGGUUUGUAUGUGUGAUGCUCACUGCGGUGCUGAGGCUUACAAUGUCAGAAGAGCAGUGGGGACAGUGUUAUAUAGUUUCUGAUAAAACGGCUCAAAUUCUGUGGCUAGUAUUAGCGCGAUGUUUACCGCUUUUGAUGGUAUUAACUUGUUUCAUUAGCAUUUUAUCCGUUGCAAUUUCACCUUUCUCUACAAAGAGUGACAGAUCUCCCCCUGGAAGACAUAAUACGACCAUUUUUGUUAGUAUUUGUUUAGGGGCGUGUCUUUUUAUGCGGACACCAUUUUACAUAAUAUUUUUCGAACCUAUAGACGAAGACUGUAAAAGGAAGCAUAGGUUUCUAUGUGCUAGACUUACACACGGAUUAGAUAUUGUUCGUCUACUAAGUAUGCUACUGAUUCCGUUCGCCUACCUUGUGCAAUUUGACAUUAGAAAACGGUGUAGAAAAUUCAGGUCAAAACUCCUAUGCAAGACUGUUGAUUGCAACACUACAUCAAAGAAGCAACAGCCGAUGGAAAUGGUAUCUGUUACAAACAAUGAAGGCUCGUCCUUGGUGUCAAAGAACUUGAUUGAAGAAACUGACAUAUAAAAAAUACAAGAUGAAAAACUGCGCCAAGAAGAGCAGAGCGAGGAGUUACCAAUGAUUGUUUCCAUUGAUCUAGAGGGAUAUUCCAUCGGAAACAGAUAAAUAAGCAUGAACUUUACGGGCACUACAGCGGCUUUUAAUACUGAGCUAUACACGGAAUUACAUUAUACAAUAUCUUGUUAAUGUGUUUCGUAUAUACUAUAUGCAAAAAUUGUUUUUUUUUUCUUUUAAAAGGGUGUUUUUUUUUCUUUUAAAAAGGAAAGGAAUACAUAUGGUCAUGCUAAAACAUAACA